AUGGCCAAGAUACAUUUCAGCGACGGCGACCAGCCUCCAAAGCCAUCAGGCGACGUGUCGAAACCGGUCAAAAGACAGCGAUGGGCUACCAUCCGCCACUCACAUACCGACGGCUCUCGCAAGAGGCGGUCAAUAUUGAACCGCGUGCCAGGAAUAAAUAUCUCCAGCUAUGAAGAAAAGCCCGGACCAGACGGGAAGUCCAACCACGGCAAUAUAACUGAGGCAAGCCCUAUGGGCCAGCAGCAAGAUGAUCCUGGUCAGCAGUCUCGAAAUAUUUACGUUAGUAUUCCCCUGCCAGACGAAGACAAGGACGAGCAUGGCCACAACAUCCACCAAUACCCUCGGAACAAGAUUCGGACCGCGAAGUACACCCCUCUCAGCUUCAUCCCGAAGAACUUGUAUUUUCAAUUUCAUAAUGUCGCCAACAUAUACUUCCUGUUCAUCGUCAUUCUUUCGAUCUUUUCCAUAUUCGGCGCUUCUAAUCCAGGCCUGAACGCCGUCCCUCUCAUCUUCAUCCUGACAGUUACUGCAAUCAAAGACGCCGUCGAAGAUUGGCGGCGUACCGUACUUGAUACCGAGCUCAAUAACUCCCCAGUCUACCGACUGGUAGGAUGGGCAAACGUUAAUAUUUCCACCGAUGAUAUCAGUGUUUGGCGACGGAUCAAGAAGUCUUGCACGAGGACUGUUGUUGCAACCUAUCGGAAGUUGAAAGGAUUGGGCAAGAAAAAACAAAGUUCUGAAAAGGAUGCGGAAACGGGAGGCGUCGACCGUCGUCCUUCAAUCGCACCGACAGUCCGCGACUCGAUUUAUACAGAGCGAACAUCCUUCCAUUCCACUCGAGAGCAGCAGGGUGAUGAGAUCGCGAUGACUCCUGUCCCGUCCCCCAGUAUGCGGCCAACUUCUCCGAGCGGCGGCCAACUUGCGCCUCCAGGAGAGCCACCUCACAGUGCGCUUUCUUACGAGACUGCAAACGAGGCAAACAAGCGUGCUUCAGGGGCGAGCUCCUCCAAGUUGAACAACCGCUCCUCGCAGCGGAAAAGUCAAUUAGCGCCCGCGAAAGAUUUUGGCAAUGUCAUCAAUCCAUAUCGACAUGCUACGGAAGAAGCACGAUUCAAGAAAGACUUUUGGAAAAACGUACAGGUGGGCGACUUUGUGCGCAUCUACAAUGACGAUCAAGUUCCGGCAGACAUUGUGGUUCUCUCGACUUCAGACCCUGAUGGUGCGUGUUACGUGGAGACGAAGAACUUGGAUGGGGAGACCAAUCUGAAGGUUCGACAGGCCCUGCAGGCCACCCGUAAAGUCCGCCACGCACGCGAUUGCGAGAAAUCUGAGUUCUGGAUCGAAAGCGAAGGUCCCAACCCGAAUCUUUACAAUUAUAACGCUGUGCUCAGAUUCAACCAACGCGAUCCCAAAGACCCGGACGCGCCUCCACGUGUGAGAGGAGAGCCGAUCGGCAUCAACAACCUCCUUCUCCGUGGUUGCAGCAUCAAGAACACCGAAUGGGCUUUGGGUGUUGUCGUCUUCACCGGCCAAGAAAGCAAGAUCAUGCUGAAUUCAGGAAUCACGCCUAGCAAGCGCGCACAGUUGGCUAAGGAUAUGAACUGGAACGUCAUCUACAACUUCAUCAUUCUCUUUUUCAUGUGCCUCAUUUCCGGUCUGGUUCAGGGCAUCACUUGGUCCAACGGAGGCAACACGGCCAGAUUUUUCGAGUUUGGCUCAGUUGGCGGCACCCCAGCUUUGGAUGGAUUCGUCACGUUCUGGUCCGCAAUCAUUCUGUUCCAGAACUUGGUGCCCAUUUCGCUCUACAUAACGCUCGAAAUCAUUCGUUCGUUGCAGGCCUUCUUCAUCUACUCGGACAUUUUCAUGUAUUAUGACAAGCUCGACUACCCAUGCACACCCAAGAGCUGGAACAUUUCAGAUGAUCUGGGUCAGAUUGAGUAUAUCUUCUCCGACAAGACUGGAACAUUGACUCAGAACGUCAUGGAGUUCAAAAAGUGCACCAUCAACGGUGUUGCAUACGGAGAAGCGUACACAGAAGCCGAAGCCGGUAUGCGACGGAGACAGGGUGUUGACGUAGAAGCCGAGGCUGCGCAGGUACGAGCACAGAUCGCAGAGGCCCGCACAGAGAUGUUGCGAAAUCUCCGCAAGACUCAUGACAAUCCAUACCUCCACGACGAAGACCUGACUUUCAUCGCGCCCGAUUUCGUCACUGAUCUCAACGGUCGGUCAGGCGAGCAACAGGCACAGUUCAACGAGGAUUUCAUGGUUGCUUUGGCUCUGUGCCACACUGUCAUUACAGAGACCACUCCUGGUGAUCCACCAAAGAUUGAAUUCAAGGCGCAGUCGCCAGAUGAAGCUGCCCUGGUGGCCACUGCCCGAGACUGCGGCUUCACCGUGCUAGGCCGAUCGAACGAAGAUCUGCACGUCAAUGUCCUCGGUGAAGAGCGCACCUACCGCAUACUGAACACCUUGGAAUUCAACUCGACCAGAAAGCGCAUGAGUGCUAUCGUGAGAAUGCCGGACGGCAACAUCAAACUCUUCUGCAAAGGCGCCGACAGUAUGAUCUAUUCCCGAUUGGCCAAAGGUUACCAGCAAGAGCUGCGAAAGGCUACAGCCGAGAACCUCGAAAUGUUUGCUCGCGAGGGCCUUCGAACGCUUUGUGUGGCCCAGCGAGACGUCGAUGAGGAAUACUAUCAAGAAUGGAGCAAGGACCAUGAUUUCGCUGCCCAAGCCAUGCAGGACCGCGAUGAUCGUUUGGAAGAAGUCGCAGACCGCAUCGAGCGAGAUCUGAUGCUGAUUGGAGGUACGGCCAUCGAGGAUCGUCUGCAAGAUGGUGUUCCCGACACUAUUGCCCUUCUAGGUCAAGCUGGAAUCAAGCUGUGGGUGUUGACUGGAGACAAAGUCGAGACUGCUAUCAACAUCGGCUUUUCAUGCAAUCUUCUGACCAACGAAAUGGAUCUAAUUUUGUUUGACCUGCCGGAAGGCUCCGUCGAUGAUGCCAGCAAUCUGCUCGACAAGCAUUUGCAACAGUUUGGGUUGGCUGGGUCCGACGAGGAGCUGGCAGCAGCCAGAAUCAAUCACGAACCACCGGCGCCGACGCAUGCGUUGAUCAUUGACGGCGAAUCGCUCAAGCUGGUCCUUUCCGAUGACCUCAGGCAACGCUUUCUCCUGCUUUGCAAGCAGUGCAAGUCUGUUUUGUGCUGCAGAGUCAGCCCAGCGCAGAAAGCAGCAGUUGUCUCGCUCGUUCGAAACGGUCUUAACAUUAUGGCGCUCUCCAUCGGAGAUGGUGCGAAUGACGUCGCCAUGAUACAGGAAGCCGAUGUUGGUGUUGGUAUUGCUGGUGAGGAAGGUCGUCAAGCAGUCAUGUCGUCAGACUACGCCAUUGGCCAGUUCAGGUUCUUGCAGAGACUAGUUCUGGUUCACGGACGAUGGGAUUACCGCCGCAUGGCUGAGACAACUGCCAACUUCUUCUACAAGAACAUCAUCUGGACUUUCGCGCUGUUUUGGUACCAGAUCUACACCAACUUCGACAUCACCUAUCUUUACGACUACACUUACAUUCUACUCGUCAAUUUAGUCUUCACAUCUCUCCCUGUCGGUCUGAUGGGUGUCCUGGAUCAAGACGUCAGCGACAAAGUCUCCUUGGCUGUUCCACAAUUGUACCGCCGCGGCAUCGAGCGGAAGGAAUGGACACAGCUUAAGUUCUGGCUCUAUAUGUUUGACGGCCUCUACCAGUCGGUCAUUUGUUACUUUUUCACGCAUCUCCUCUUCGCUCCAGCUACUUUCGAGACCGAGAGCGGCCGAGGAGUUGCAGACAGAAGUCGCAUGGGUGUCUACGCAGCUUGUGUGUCCAUCGCAGUCAUCAACUCAUACAUCCUGCUCAACACCUAUAAGUGGGAUUGGAUCAUCACCCUAGUCGCCGCAAUCAGCACACUUGCCAUCUGGUUCUGGACUGGAGUCUACUCGUCCUUUACAGGCUCUUUCCAAUUCUAUCGAGCUGGCCAAGAGGUUUACGGUGCAUUGACAUUCUGGUGUCUGAGUUUACUCAUCUGGGUCGCAUGCUUGCUUCCUCGUUUCUCGGUCAAGUUCUUUCAGAAGAAUUAUCGACCUUACGAUAUCGAUGUCAUCCGUGAGCAAGUACGACAGGGCAAAUUCGACUACCUCGACAAUUAUGAAGCAUAUGUGCCUCCAAAAGUCGUGUCAAACGGCAACUCGUCAGAUCACACCGGAGAAGUGCCCGUACCACAGGAUUCUCGGCGUCUGAGUAUGACUGAGUCCCAACGACCAAUCUAUCCUCCGUCGGAAGCCCCGACAUAUCAGACAAAGCCGCCCCACAGCCAGACUGGCAGCGAUGGCACUGACAGGACGAAGCCUUCAUUUGACCUGCGGAUGACGGUACCUGAAAACCGCCAGGCGCCAGCGGAUGCACCGAUCGAGACACCCGCCGACCGUGUUCGCAAUCAGGAUAGUAAGCGUCCGUCAUUAGAGAGGGUGCGAUCGUCGUUCGAGAGAUCUCGCCGUUCCUAUGAGAAAUCUCGCUCAAGCUUUGAAGCCAGCAGAGACUUCACGUCUGCGGCUCUACUCACGAGAAUGGAGUCGUCGUACUCUCACGGGUCUCCACUGACUCCAACCGCAACUGCAUCAAGGAGAAGAGAUGACAUUACGUCUGAUCUGAAGUAA